AUGAAGAAGACAAAUUUCAGUGAAAAAAUGAACUCCUUCUUGGAGAACAAAAAAAAGAGGGAGGAAGAUUUAUCCGUCGAGAAGGAGAAAAAAAAAAAAAAUUUCGAUAAAAGUAAUUUUACCGAACGGCGGAAUGACGAAUUGGCAAAAAAUGAUGUGCACGUAAUUGCAGGGGGGAAAGUGACACACCGGACGGACAACAUUGCACAAGUAAUGAGAUAUGUAGAAGAGCACGCGGAGGGGAGGAGUGCAUGCACCUUAGACGAGGAAAACGAAUCCAAGGAACAAUACGACGAUGCGAAUGGGGGGGAGAGACAACGCGAAGGAAGCAGAACGCGAUAUAAUCACGCAAGAGAUACAGAGAAGAUCGAAGGCAACCGCCAAACUGAGCCAACAAUCAGCAAAGAAAGCGCAGGACCGAGUGGGGAACACACAGACGAACACUCCCUACACAACGCUAUCAGCAGCCCAAUGGAAAAAAUGAGAAAGCUACGGAUAGAGAGCACGCACAGAUAUUUGAGCAAAGUAGAAGACGAUUCUUAUAGAUUGAUAAAGGACUACCGCAAACAGGUCGACACCUGCAUAGAGCAAAUAAAAAGAGAAACAUUUUUAAAGGCGAAUUUGCUAAAGACCGAAAUGGAGAGCAUACUGGCCCAGGUGGAAAGACUCACACAAGAAGGGUUGGAGUUAAAGUGGGAGGGAGAUCCAUCACAAAGAGAAAAGAACUCAGACGGAAAAAUGAAAAAUAACCACUUCUAUGUUACAUACUACACAGUUCUGAUGGAGUUAAAACUUUGUGAGAAGUUGAUCCCAACAAGUCACAAGGCAGUGGAUGCCCCCCAGAUGAGCAGCACCCUCCUCAUGAAGGACUCGUCAGAAAAUACAAAAGAGUGCAUACUGAAGGAGAUCAAAAAAGAGGUACACAAAAAAAGAGAAAUGAUCGAAGAGAAAUGGGAAUGUGUACAAAAUCUCUUUACCAACUUGAAUGAAAAAAUAAAAAAAUUUAUUUCCCAUUUUGAGAAGAAACACGAAAGGGUAAUAAAAGGAAUGAGUGACAACACUCAACAUCUGGAAGAGAAAAUGAAGGAUAAAAUCUUCUUCAGCACAGAGGAGGCUUCCCAACUUAUUCGUGCCGAAAUGGAAAGGGGAAAACAAUUCUUUCUCGACUUUCUCACUCACUUUAAUGAUUACGUAACCAAGACGUAUAAUUAUGUCUACGACCGAUAUCACCGAUGUGAAUAUGUCUUCUUCCGCGAUAUCCUUCACGAGCCGAGUUAUCGGGACAUCUGCUGCGUCUACUCCACCAUCUCGCAAAAUUAUCUCAACGGGUUAUCCACGGACAGAGUUUUGAACCGGCUCAUUGCUAUGUUCGAAGAUAAUUACAAUGCGGUGUACGCCAGAAGGGUUGGCCUCGCACCUGACGAGUUCUUCAAGGGCUUCUUAGCCGCACAGGAGGGCGGAGCGGCACAGAGGGAAGAAGCGGAGGGGGCAGCAGAAGCAGAGGACGGAACAAACAACGAAGCGGCGAAACACCCCCGACAGCAAUGCGUCGACAUAUACCAGAAGGCGAAUCAAAACUACGAGGAGUACCUCACAAGGUACGAGGAGAUAAAAACAGGAAUGGUCCGCUACAGGGAGGUCGUCCUGCACACGUUCUUCCACUUGGACAAUUUCGCCGCUGCCGUGGGGGGAGGAAGAAGAGCAGCAUCGGCAGGGGAGGCGGCCAACACAACGGCGACAGCAACAGAUGGAGGAGGGCCGCCUUGGAGGGGGGCCCGAAAAAAGGCUCUCCGAAAGUCUUCCCCAAAAUGGCCCCGAAAGGCGAAGUGCGCUGAGAAGGCGAAACGGGAUGACACUACCUCAGGGGGGGCCCACAUGGCACCAGAGCGGGAUCCACACGGAGAAGUAAAAAGGGAAGACCACCCAGAGAGGGAACCAAGUAUAAGGGAGCAUCACAAAGAAGGCAACCUUCCUGAGUUUCACCACAUGGAAGAGGACCCAAAUGGAGUAACCCAGCAAAAUGACGAGCACACUCACGAAAUAAUCCUCGCACAAGUUCCCAAAGACAGAAGUGUUUUUAAAAAAUUGACAAACAACAUUCUGACGCAUUAUAACAUGCUGAAUUUUCGAGACGAUUAUUUCAUACUAUCCUUUUUCUCCAUCUUGGAGACGUUAAAAAGUGACAUACUGCUCAUGAGAUCCCACGUUGAAAGGAAAAUAAAGGAAUUUCUACACCAGUGCAGUCAGCAGAAUGGGGUCUUCAUCUCCAACUUUGACACACUCCUGAGAGAGUAUAACUCUGUUGUGAAGAAAUGCCUACAGUGUAAGGACCACUUGAGGAUGAGGAAGCUGCUAGCCAUUAAGGACCAAGCAAAGAGAAAACUGGAAAGCUAUGUAACACACGCGGGAGAAGAAGCUUGCACCAUUAAUGAGACUCUCUUCGCUGAGUCGAAGCGUCUCUGGGGGGAUUUCUUUUUCGCCGCUUUGAGCAAAGCUAAGGUGAUAAGCACAGAGAGCGAGUCGCUGUCUCUUCGGAAGGCUAACCGACGAUGCGGCAUAAAUGACACUCCAGGUGAGGGAAAGCACACUGAUAUAAAGGGCCAACAGAAAACAAACAUUAAUGAGAAUGAAAGGAACAUAAUCAGACAACUAGUUGGGCAAAAACAUUCAUACACAUACGACGAAGAGACGAUUUGGCACCACACCUACAUUAGUUAUAGGGGUAACAUGAUGGAGCUGCUACACCCUGCUAGGGAUACUGGAGCUGGUCUCGAAAGGGGCGUAAAGGGGAAGACACGGCCUUCUCGAGAAACAGGCAAAAAGACCUCCUACGCAGCGCAGAGAAGAGAAAGCACUAUAAAGUCAAACAUUGCGCAGAUUAGAAGGGAUUACAUUCAGCAGAAGGGGGAGGAAGCAAAAAGGGGAAACUCCUCUCACCAGGAGGUUAAUCCGGGGGGGAAUCACUCUGGGGAGACAAGCCAUUCACUGCCUCAGCUACCGAAGCUAUCUCUACCGGACGAGCUGCUAUUCAACGAGGAUCUCCUAAAACAGCUCUUCCAGAGGUUUACCUCCACCUACUACCAGCGCUUUAAAGAAAUCCUCUUCGAGAACCUGCUAAAGGCGAAAAUGAGAUCCGAAAGGGAAAGCACAAAAUGCUUCCAAAAGAUGGAGGCGGACAAGUUGGAAGAGCAGCUCCAAAGAGACGAAGAAAAAAUCAAAGAGAUAGCCAUAAAACUAGAGGAGGAAUUUGAAGCAAAUAAAAAAACGUUUGACGACGCUUCCAAAAAAUUGUCCGAGCUGGUGAAAGAAUAUGAGCAGGUGACGAAAGAAGACUGGGAGGAUUACCGACACUUUAAAGAGACCAUCUCUCUGAUGGAGAAAAUGCUCCAAGAGAACACAGACCAGGACGAUCGCAGCCAGGAUCAAUUCACCGGUAGGUACACCCAACUGCUGGACUCAUUCAAAGUUAGCUUCAAAUCAAUCAAGGAAAAGCUCCUAUGUGGUGAAAAAAAACUAAGAGCAGAAAUUAAAAAGGUAGAAACGUACUGCACCAUGCUCGUUAGGACUGGACAAACCAACGUCGACCUCGAUACAAUCGAAGCAUUUCUGCAUAAUUCAAAUCAGCUUCUUCUUUCCAUUGAGAAGAAGAGACAAGACGUCGAAAAUGUGUUCAGUGCCAAUCAGUAUAUCUUUAACAACAAUUUUCGGGCCAUCGCGUCCAGAAGCGCCAACAGGAGCGGGAGCCAAUCUGGAACAACACCACCUCCGCCAGACAGACAGAUGCUUCACUAUCUCAUCACAAAGGAGGAGAUAAAAAAUAACCUCCUCAUUUUUUAUCUUCUUGUUUAUCAGAUUAGGGUUUGCAUUGGGCAGUCCAGCGGACAAACUGGGGGGGUGCCAUAUCCCGCGGAGCGCAAAGCUAAUCACUCAGCAUACACGUCUAAGGCCUCCCUCAAGAUGGAGAAGUCGUCAAGGGCGUCCAGGGCAGCAAGCAUGGUUAUCCCUGUCAGCCCUGUUAGGCCUCUUAGCCCCGUUAGCCGUGUCACUCCUGUCAGCCCUAUCAGCCCUGCCAGCCCUGUUCACGGGGCCAACUUGUCCAGCUUCUCCACCCCCCCGCGGACUCACCAGAUAAACCUCCAAGACAAAUUCACUCACGUGCAAAACUGCAUCUAUCAAAUUGGCACAUUCCGAAAAAUAGAAAAAAGAUACGAGCUGGACUUAGCACGGGAGGACUCCAUUGUGAGUAAUUUUUCUCUCUCUCGCAUGAUAGGCCCGCACCUGCCCCACUUGGUGUUCUCCAAAGGUAGCGGGCUGCAAGAGAGCCCAGUAGACUACCUCAGCUUUGGCCUCUUUGAUAAGCAGGGGGGAUCCAAAGGGGGGGAAGAAGAACAACAAGCGGCGGAAGAACAAGGGGCGAAGAGGAUCCACCAAAUGGGAAAUGAACUGUCCACGGAGGCCUCUUCAUCCGAGACGGUUCCACCGGAGAAGUGCACCCCUAAACCAGGCGCUGGGGCAGAAAACGAGACCACCGCCUCCAACACGAAGACAAACGUCAGCAACACAAAAAGAAUCACACCCAGUGGGAUGAAAGUAAAAGGGAGCGGCAAGGGGGCCUCCGAAAUGGGAACGAAAAAGCAUACUCGAAUCGGCAAGGAGACACACCCACAGGAAGGGAAUAACAGCAAGAAAAGCGAACCAAACAUCGAGAAAGAACAGCGCCCCGGGAAGGACCACCCCCCUGAUGCGUCCUCCUAUGCAGAGAAUGAAAUUAUCCGAAGGGACUACCUCGAUGUGAAGUUCUUUCUCUACACAUGUAUGUACAUUAUCCACCUUAUAAGUACGGUAGUGCAAAGAACUCCAUCGAAGGGUUUCCCUAAAGAGAGUCAACCGAAAUACAACCACUCGCUAUUCAUCUCAUACGACCUUUCACAUGUCAUAUAUAAGAAUAAUAUAUUGAAGGAAAAUUUAAACAAGAAGGAAUUCCAACUGACUGACCUAGUGGUGAAUAAGAAGGCCAUGUCCUCUUUUGUAUUUUGUCCCGAUCAUGUGUCACGCAGAACGGAGCUGAUUCAUUUGUUUAAAUUUGAAAAAAAGACCGUAUCGGAACUUUUUGAGAGAACUUUUUCUCAACUUCACGGUCUCCAUUCCGUCACUACAAAUGAUAUAUAUUUUGGGAAGAUACACAGCGAGUAUGCGAAGGACAUGUCCACCCUGGCCACUUACUUGAAAGUCCUGUCAAAGAAAGCUGCCUACUUCACCUUCCGCUGCGUCUAUAAGCGCCAUGAGUCGCUGUGCACCGAACGAAUAAACACCAUGCAGAAAAACCUGCUGCAAAAAUUUAAAGAAUUAAAUGAGAGACUCAAAGUUACAGACACAGGGGACAACACAGCUAGCCACGUCAGAAAGAGGAAGGAAGCGAUAAAGUGUCUAUUCGAUUCAUACGUUUCAGCGAUAAGGGGCCUGUUAACAAAUCAUCUGAGCUACCUGUACGACAAUCUGUGCAACAAUGUCAUUUUCUUUAUUCAUGUGUUAAUUCUGUUGCCCGCUGGUUCUUCCUCAACUGGAAGCACCCCCAGCGGUAAAGACCCUCCCCCAGAGAAGGCCAGCGCAAAAGGGGCGGGAAACGUGACUUUUCUGAAAAUCCACCACGUGGACAUGUCCGCUGACUACGACCUGAGCGACAUCGUCAAAAAGAUCGACAAGGCGUACGGCCCCACGGGCCACCACAGACAAGCGGACAGCGGCGCGAAGCAGAAUGCCAGCGCGGAGAUGCUCUACCUGCCCUACAGCGAGGAAAAUCUCUAUAUUGCUAAAAAAUUGGAGCACAAAAUGAACAAAUACGGGGGAAGGCUUUACGCACACAUGAGGAAAGCGCUGGACGGGAAGAAAAAGGAAAUAAUCAAAAUAAUUUCCAACGAUGUGAGGGAGCACCGGAGGUACUACGAGUGA